AAUGAAAUUUCAAUUCCUUAAUUCUAACUGCGAUUUUGGGAGCUUCACAAGACGAAUGUGGUAGGGACUCUGAACAUGCUGGGCUUGGCCAAGAGAGUGGGGGCGCGGUUCUUGCUAACCAGUACCAGCGAGGUUUACGGGGAUCCAUUGGAGCACCCCCAGAAGGAAUCUUACUGGGGAAAUGUCAAUCCCAUUGGCGUCCGGAGCUGCUACGACGAAGGGAAGCGUACGGCAGAGACAUUAACCAUGGACUACCACAGAGGUGCUGGUGUUGAGGUGAGGAUUGCCAGGAUAUUCAACACAUAUGGCCCAAGGAUGUGCAUUGAUGAUGGCCGGGUGGUCAGCAACUUUGUUGCUCAGGCAUUAAGGAAGGAACCAAUGACUGUUUAUGGUGAUGGAAAACAGACCAGGAGCUUCCAAUUUGUCUCAGAUUUGGUUGAAGGUCUGAUUCGUUUGAUGGAAGGAGAUCAUGUUGGGCCUUUUAACCUCGGAAACCCGGGUGAAUUCACCAUGCUUGAACUUGCUAAGGUGGUACAGGAAACGAUAGACGCAAAGGCGCAGAUAGAGUUCAGGCCAAACACGGAGGACGACCCGCACAUGAGGAAGCCGGAUAUCUCAAAGGCCAAAGACUUGCUUGGUUGGGAACCCAAAGUGCCUCUUAGGAAAGGUUUGCCAAUGAUGGUUCAAGACUUCAGGCAAAGGAUCUUUGGUGACCAAAAAGAUAAUAAUAAUAAUAAUGCUGGUUCUUCCACAUUUUCUACUGCUGCAUAAAUUACCUUUUUCUUUUUUUCUGCAUUCUCAACCCCAUUUCCACUCCAAUGUUCUCUUAGCCCUUCCUACCAACACAUUUUUGAGCUAGCCAUUUGUUUGAUAUUGUCACUGCCAUUUUUACUCAUAUGUUUUAUAAUUAUUAUGUUUCGUUUUUGAGUCAUUUAUCGACUCCUCUUUUGUAUACAACAAACCAUAGUAUUGUUUCCUCUAUUCUUAUAGAGAGAUACUUUUACAAAAAGCAUAUUGGACUACGUAUGCGAGUUAUCGUUAUGGAGAGAUACAAUGUAAUACUCGAUAUAAAAAAUUUAUUUGAAGAAAAAUGUGUUUGUUAU